AUGGAGACACAGGAUCAAGUGAAACUUUGUUUUCCACAGCUCCUCAACAGCUCUUGCAGAAAACCGACACUUCACUGGCCUGAGGCUUUGCUGCUGAACACUCUGCUGUCCUUCAUCUCAUUGAUCACUAUAGUGCUCAACCUGCUCGUCAUCAUCUCAGUCUCCCAUUUCAGGCAGCUCCAUAAACCCACUAACAUCCUUAUUCUCUCUCUGGCUGUCUCAGACUUUUUGGUUGGCUUCUUAUUGAUACCAGUUGAAAUCUUUAAAUACACGGCAUGCUGGUUAUUUGGAGAUACUUUAUGUAUUGUUUAUUAUUAUGUUGCUUGUGUUGUUCUUUGUGCUUCAAUUGGAAUCAUUGUUCUCAUAUCAGUUGACCGGUAUGUGGCUAUUUGUGACCCUCUGCAUUAUCACACCAGAAUCACUUUGGCAAAAGUCAAAUAUUGGGUUUUUCUGUGUUGGGUAUUGUCUGUUGUCUACAGCACUUUCUAUUUGAAAGAUGAGUUGAUUCAACCAGGCAGGAAUAAUCCUUGUAUAGGAAAAUGUGGAUUCUCUAUUAGCAAUAUUACAGGAAAUUUUGAUCUGAUUUUUAACUUUAUACUUCCAGUCACAGUCAUCAUUGUUCUGUAUAUGAGAGUAUUUUUUGUUGCUGUGUUUCAGGCUCGAGCCAUGCGAUCUCAAGUUACAGCUGUCAAACUGAAGCUUUCUGUCAACCUAAAAACUAAGAAGUCUGAGAUGAAAGCAGCCAGGACUCUUGGUGUUCUUGUUGUAGUAUUUCUGAUGUGUUACUGCCCAUAUUACUGUUAUUCUGUUGUUGAAGUUAAUUUAACCAGUACAUCCUAUGCAUCUUUUUUUUUCUUUCUCUAUUAUUUUAACUCUUGUCUAAACCCUGUGAUCUAUUCCCUGUUUUACCCCUGGUUCAGAAAAGCUUUAAAACUCAUUGUCACUCUGCAGAUACUUCUGCCUGGCUCCUGUGAGGCCAACAUACUUUAG